AUGUGGAGCAACAUCAACCCGAACGCGAUGUUGCUCGCCUUGACGUACUCGUCGGAAGCUCGCGUGUCGGUGAAGGUUGGAGACGUUUCGCGGUUCACGACGUACCAGACUGACUUCGUCAGAAACACGCCGCGCAUGUAG